AGCGGAAGCGGCGGGAGGGGGGGAGGCGGCGGAGGGCGGAGAUGGGGGCGCGCGGGCUGGAGGCGGCCGUGGUGGAGCUGGCGCCGGGGGCGGCCUGCGGGAGCGGCGCGGAGGCCGGCCGUCAGCCCGUGGUGAUCCUCCUGGGCUGGGCGGGCUGCCAGGACAGGUACCUGGCCAAGUACAGCGCGAUCUACAGCCAGAGGGGGUGCACCGUCAUCCGCUACACGGCUCCAUGGAGGAUGGUAUUCUUCUCCGAGAGCUUUGGCAUCCGAUCCCUCCGGACCCCAGCCAGGAGACUCCUGGAGCUGCUCUUCGACCACAGCAUUGACAACAGGCCGGUGCUGUUCCACGUCUUCAGCAACGGCGGUGUCAUGCUGUACCGCUACAUCCUUGAGGUGCUGCACACUCAGCAGCCCUUUAAGAACCUCAGAGUCAUGGGCACCAUUUUUGACAGCGCCCCCGGCAGAAGAAACUUGAGAGGGAGCCUUCGUGCCUUGGCGACUGUCCUGGUAUCCACGAACGUGCUGCUCAAGUAUUUCCUCGUCUUCGCUUUUGCUACCGCAGCCGUCGUGCUGCGGAUCCUGCUGUACCCCCUGACCCGAUUCGUCCACGAGAGCCAUUACGACGCCCUGCUGAAGGCGCCCUCGCGGUGGCCUGAGCUUUACCUCUAUUCCCAGGCCGAUGCGAUCAUCAGCGCCCGCGAGGUGAAGCGCAUGGCUGACGCCCGGCAGCGGCUCGGUGUCUCUGUGAGAGCUGUGGACUUCUCAGAUUCGGCUCACGUCAGCCAUAUGCGGGCGUAUCCCACCUACUACAGCAAUCUCUGUAUGACUUUCCUCUCUGACUGUGUCGCGGGCUCACCUCGUUAGUGCGGUGACCUCCUACGUUUGCCUCUGCUUUGCUCAAAUUAUACGGGAAAUGCCACCCCCUCUCCCUUUAUGUCUUUGAGGAGAGGAAAGUAUAGAGAUUUCUUAGGCACUUUUUUUUUUUUUUGGCUCCUGCUGCAAAGCUGGAAGCCUCCACUCUGUCUUUGAGCCAGCCAUCUCACAGCAAAAAGUUGAUCUGGAGUAAUUUAAAGAACUGAAAGUGAAAUUCUAGCAUGGUGUGGUAGUUGAGGUGUCACAGACCAGAAUUUCACGUGGAGUGUUACUUGUUUCUUUCUGUCUCGUGGUGUUCUCUGCUUUCCAUGUGUCCUUGUCGCAGAUGUCCAAUGUACAUAUUCUGUUGCCUUGUACUGAUACGGCAAUACAGCUCUUCAAUGUCUUUGUUGUUUUCUUCUGUUAUGUCUUCUAUCUUGCAGCUGCAAGAUUUCCCUCUUCUGUCAGCAUUGCUUGGUUCUGUUAAAGGGCUGAGAGGGCAGCCAGAGCUCUGAUUCCCUUGCCCUGGGGUGGAGCUCAAAUGUUUGUGAUAACUUCCUGUGUUCUUCAACCAAAAAUUCUGUUAACCGUUUUUUUUUUUUGGGUACGUGUUGUCUUGUUUCUCCUCUUUCUUGUCUAUUGUGUGUUCUCCCUAGUAAUUCUUGUUUUCUUGGAGAAGUGCUCAUUUAUUAUUGCGUUUCUUUGAGCAGCCAAGAUUGUGCAUCUAGAAAUGCCGGGAAACUGGCACAGCUGUAGCCCAGAAGACCUCAGAAAUGGUAAGGUGGAACUGCAGAGAAAAAUGAAACUGUCUUUUGGAGCUGUGAUUUAUACUGCGUGUUUCUUAAAUCACUUCCAUCGAGCUAACCCACAAAUGACCAUGAAAUUCAAUGUUUUCCCCCAUAACGUUCUCUUCGGAUGAUCAGUCUUUGCUGUCCGUGCAGCGUGUACUGGUAAUACAAGAAAUGAAUUCCCUCCACCUAGUGAAAAUGCAGCUCACUGCACUGCACUUCAGCCAUGCUUGAGUUUCGUUGCUCAUUCGGGGGAGAAGGGGGGAUAAAGGCAGAGAAUAGCUUGCUAAUAACAUGUUUACCUCAUGUCACAGCACUGCAGCUAAUUACAGAUGUGGUGGACAGGAUUAGCCAGCUUUAAAUCCUUAGUCAAAAAUUGGCAGGGCAGGCCCUGGAGGGCUCUGGUGUGGCCUGUUUGAACAAGGGUCUGCUCUUGCGAGGCAGGAAUAUGAAAAGCACAAGGAUUUCUACUGAAGACGUUCUCUGCCUGCGGGCUGGUGUGCCUGCUGUGCUUGACUCACCCACCUUUGGGUGCCGUCACCUGCAAUUAGCAAGCACUUGCUGCUCUUAACUGAAACACAGGCAGGGAGAGAGCUCUUGAGAAGCACCAGAAUGGUUUGGAAGUUUGGAGCAAGAACCAUAACACCUCAUGGAAAUAGCUGUGGUCAGUGGCUGGAACAACUGUUUUUAGCAGGCCAGUGUGGCAAUGCUUAUUUACAGCGUAGAGUAACCUCAUGUCAGGUGUGGUCCGGAGUGUACAGGAUAUGUGAGAAUUAACUGAGAAGGGGCUGAUAGCCUGGCAAGUCUUCACUUUUUUAAGUGAAAACUGGCUGCAAGCACAGGAGCCUUGCUGCUUGGGGCUACCCUGUGGUAAGACAGCCUCCAGCAUGCUGUUUCUCUUGGAGGAAAAAAAAAAUAGUUUCUGGGGUUUGGACCUGUAAAAUCCAGAUGUGGUCCCCUAUCCCACAAAGUCCAUCAGAGAUCUGGCUUUUUUAAAGUAGUUUGUGCUGUCAGUGCCGAGCUGUGAUCUGUUUUCCUGCCUUCCUGGGGAACUGGGCUGUGCUUCACCUUCCUUCCGAGCAUCCAGCCUGUUUGUGGGACUGAGAGAUUGUAGGGAGCAGAGGUGGUAAAGGCUAUUUAACUAGUGGUUGCCCUCAUGCUGGUUUCUGCGACUCUAGUAUUUAUGGAACAGUUAAACACUUCAUAAUAUACACCUCUGAAUUAAUGCAGUGGUGCUGGGCUGGGAAUCUGCUGCUCCUGUUUAUCGCUGUGGGUGCUGAGCGGUGAUGUUCCAGAAAUGGGCUUUAUUUCGAUGAAAAACCUGCUUUAGUGGCUGAAGUGGUGGCUGGGGGAGCCCCACCAGGUGGCAGCAGCUCCCCUCAGUCCUCUGAGCAGGGGGACUUGGGCUGGUUUUUCUGCCAGCUGUCAGGAGGAGAAGGGGAAAAAGCUCGCUGAGGUCUGGGGGUGCCGGGGGAGGCUCUGCCCUGGGCCCCCCCUGGGGAAGCACAAAAGCUGGGGGGAGCUGGGCACUGAGGAGGAUGCACGGAAACGAGGGUGUAGGGAAGCAUGCGGCGAAGUUUUAUGCCCUGAUAGGAUUAAAAUAAGCUGGGACAGCAGUGGUGUGACUCAGCCCAGCACCUCCUGCAUGCCCGAGAGCAUCUCCCCUGACGAGUCCCAGGCCAGGAAAGGGAAACCAGCGAGAACAAAACUCGGCACCAAGCACAGAGACCAGGCAUUAACACACAGCACCACCCUCGCCCUGAGGCUGUCUGCCCCCCCAAGCCGUGCUAGGUCACAUUUUUCAGCUUUAACUGAAGGUUAGCGCUGGAUGCAUGGCCGCAGGCCCGGCUUUCGGCCUUGCCAGGGUCUGUCUGCAGGCCGGGCUGCCACUUCCCCUCUGUCACCCAGAGAGGGCUGUGUUUUUAUCAAAACCGGGGGGGGUGUGUGUCCUGGGGGGCUGUUAGGAACAACACAGUGCAGGGUUGGGCUGUGGCAGUGACCAGAUGAUGGUGGCGCUGCCCCCCCCUGCACCCUCCAUCCCCUUCCCAUGAACUUGGGCCCUUCCCCUCCUCUCCACAGCCGCAGCUGGGCAUGGAGGGGGGGGCGUACACAGCUCCCUUUGGUCACCCUCCCCAAACCCACCAGGGCUCGGGCAGCCCCUGCCCUCCCCGGGUGAUGAAUGAGCUGACAAUAGGGUAUUGAUAAGGAAUUAACCUUGAGCCCUUCUCGCUUCGGUGUCAAUAGAGCAGGAGCCAAGUACACACUGUUUGAUCGGAAAUCUGCGCUCGGCCCCUGCUGCCUCUGCGCCCAUCGAUGUGGGGGGGGGAGCCGUGACGGUGCCCCCAGCCCCGGGGAGGACACAGGGGGCUGCGAAGCCCCCCCAGCCUUGGCCACGGCCCCCCCCCCGGGAUGGGGGUGCCCGGGGUCCCUCCUGGCUCCUGCUGCGCCCCAGCCCCACGCUGCGGAGGGAGCCAGGCACCAAGGCCCCCAAAAGGGCCUGGGCCAGUCCUGCCCUGGCCGCCACUCGGAGCAGUUUGUUUAAUUAAGUGUUUUGCCUAAUGGGAUUGCCUCAUUUCCAUAACAAACUGGCGGGCUGUCAUUAGGUGGGCUCCCUCAUUCAUUACUGUUAAUUAGAUAUGGAUCCCCCAGAAGGCGGCGCGGGGUGAUGAACGAGGCCCCUGACACACGCUAUUACGCAUUAGCAUUUUCUCAAUACACCCGAUACAUCACGGCCCUCCGCUUCCUAAAGAUAUUUUAAAUAAAAUAUUAGCAGCCCGCUGCGGGGUGGGCGCUGGGGAGGGGGCGAGGUGUGUGGGGGUCCUGCCCCUCACCCUGCCCUCAGGCCUCUUUUGGGUGCGGAGAGCGGCCAACCCCCCCCCCCAGCAGAUGGGGAGCGGGGGCUGUCGGCCUGGGGAUCCCUGCUGUAACCCCCCCCUCCCUGCUCAGCACCCCGUCCCAGGGGACUAAGCCAUGGGUUGGGGGUUGAGGAACCCCACCCCCCCCCACCCCGCGUUGACCCGUCUGUGAAAUGUUUGUACACCAAAAGCAUCGGCGCCAGCCCCGCGAUGAGGGUGGAGGGGGGGGGGCGGCCUCCCCCCGUCAUUCCGCUCUCCCUGCUGUCAGGGUAACCCUACACGGCGCCGGUGGUCCCUAAUGCAGGACGUAUAGAUCUGUUGGGGCUGGGCGCCUCCAGCCCGUCCCACCCCCCCUUUAGCCGGGGAGGGGGCGGCCAAAUAAUGCACAGCUGCCGAGACUUCAUUAUGGGGGGACCCCUCUGGGCUGUGCCCUUCGCCCUGCACCCCCGGCCCUGUGUGGGGGACAAGCUGGGGGCCCGGCCAUGGUGGGACACUGCUGGGCAAUGCCGGGGUCCCAAAAGAGUUUGGGGGGUGGGGGUUCACCCUGACAUCCCCCUGCGUCCAUCCCUCGGGUCCUGCACCCCAAAAAGGGUCAGGGCACGCCUUUGGGGCUUCCCUCCCGUGCAGAGCUGUCACCGGCACGUCCCGGGGUUCUCCGGUCCCACUCGCCUGCGAAGGGAAAGACAAGAGAGCAUGGCGGGCGCACCCGAGAAGAUUUAUACUUGUUUAAUUAAUGUCAAAUGUAGUUUACAAACGGGAGUGACAAGUACCUCUUUGUAUAAUAUACACCGACACACAAUCAUCGACACACCGGAAUAGCGCUUUGUGCAACUGGGAUUCUUUGGGCAAAGAUAGGUAACUCCAAUCUUCUUUUUUUUUUCUUUUCUUUUUUUUUUUUUCUUUUUUAAAUGGUUUAAACUCGUUACAGAAGAGGGGAAGCGGCAGGUGCCUGAUACAAAACAAGACGUCUCCCCCCAUCCUUCCCCCCUCAGCCCCCCCCUUGAAAACAGGGGAUGGCUUUACAAUAAAAAACAAAACAACAUAAAAAAAAAAAAAAGAAAAAAAAAAGAACCAAAACAAAGAAACAAUGACUAGUUACACAUGGUUUUACACAUAGGUACACAGAGCACGUGGCUGGUCCACAACAUCCACCAGAAACCCUGCCUCCAAAGAAGGGCCAGGUGGGGGCCCUGCCCUCUCCCCCCCAGCCCCUUAGGACACCCCAAAUUCGUUCCCGAGACCCGGGCACCGCAGCCCAGCACCAUUUUUCUCCACUCUCUGCAUGCCUGCCCGUCCCUGGGGGCUGACCGGCAGCGUCGGCCCCGCACCGCAGCCCCUUCCGAGCCCUUGGCACCCCAGAGUUAGAGUUAGAGGCCUCCCCGCCACAGCUCAGCUUCCCCCAGUCCCCAAAGCCCCCCCCCCAGCAUCUGCCCCGUGUCAGGGGCUGCCACGCAGCUGAGCACACAGAGACCCAGGAAGCGUUGUUUUUUGCCAAGAUGCUUCUAAAAUACAGCUCCUUCCGUUUGCUUGGGUUUGGGGGGGAUGCAGUGGAAUCCUCCCGAGGUCACUUAGGAGACACAUCGAGGAAAACGGCUGCUCUAUAAAAAAAGCAUCAAGCUCAUGGCAUGGAGUGGCGGUGGGACCUCCGGGACAUGCCCCAGCCAUGCCCUCUGCUCCAACCCCCGGCACCCAGGGGUGCGGGGAUCCCAGCUCCAGCUCCCCAGCCGCUGUCGGUGCCGGCUGAUGCCUCGCACCAGGGCAUCCAGCAAAGAGAACGCGCUGCGGUUGCCAGACCGCCUUGAAACACCCCUUGCUCUGCCUCGUUGUGCUGCCAGCAAUGGAGCUGCCGGGACACCCUGCGGGAUCAGGGGGAGAUGAAUGCCCCCAUCUCCCCGUCCUCGUGUUUCGGGGAGCCCAGCGGACCCCGCAGUGAGCUGGGGCAGGGCUGCGCUGAGCAGGGCUGGGAGCACUCCGCACUGCGGGCACGCGUUCGCCUUGGGAAGCGGAUUGGCAUCUGUUUCUUGGGUCCUGAAAACCAAAAAUAAACAACAAAACAGGCCAGAUGGCAGCUUUGGUUAAGGCUGAGGAUGUGGGUGAUAGGGACAAGCAUCACUGCGUGGAAGAAGCCGGGGCUGCGGGGAACCUCGGGCAGCAUCUCUGCUCGCUGCCGUCCUCUCGCUCUGCGGGCGAGCCCUGGGCCUUGGGGUGCCCGAGGGGACGAGGAGCCCGGGCUGGCUUGGCUCUGUGCCCCAGCCCCAAACCUUCUCUGCUCUUCUGCAGGGGGCAGGCUCACAGGGAGCCCCGCGACAGCGUGCCCGCGGUCCUGCCUCGUGGCACCCGCAGCGAGCGGAGCAGCUCCGGCGUCCUCGGCCGGAGGGGAGGAAAGCAAAGCAAAGCCGAGCCGGUGGCCCUGGAGGAGAGAAAGGGGGUUAAGCCGGAGCCUCGAGCAGGGACUCGUGGCCGGGAGGAAGGGCAGUGCCAUGCCAGGCUGCCCCACUCUGCUUGCCCCUUCCCCGCCCGGGGAAGGCAAAGGGGGCCGAGCCGCAUCCCCCCGGCCUGCCCUGGCCCCCGGCGAGGAGUUCAAAGCUGUGUCGUUCCGGGGAUAAUGAUUCUAUUAUAAAUAGCCCCAUUAGCUACAACUAAUGACAAAAAUCCACCUCCUCUACUCCCCAUAAGUUCUGUAAGUUAUGGGCAAUGCUACAGCCAUUACUAAAAGCUGUUAACUUCAUAUCUGAAUGAGGAAAUAUACACCACAGAACAUUAAACCAUUUAUAUUAUAUAUAUGUAUAUAUAUACUUUUUUUAAACUAAUGACUUUAAUGCCAAAACUUUGCUGAACCAAGAAAAAUAUGGGUUUAAUGUUCUCUGCUCAUUUUUUUUUUCUUUAAAAAAAAUACAACCCAAAAAAAAAAGGGAAACUUAUUAGUAUGUAAUGUUUGAGUCUAUCCCAUUUAUACACAACAUUGUAAACAUAUAUAAUCUAUAUUACAUGUGCUUCAUUUCUGCCUGGGUGUGGUUUUUUCUUUAAACCUUUUUUUUUUUAUCACUAGAACACCACAAAAAAAAACCAAAACAAAACAGAACCAAACCAAACGAAAAAAAAAAAAAAAACAA